CGUGUUCGACUGCAGCCGAGUCACCGCUCAGUGCGUCUUCUGCUGUGGGUCUGUCCGUAGAUAUUUCGCGUCCUCGACGUAACGAUAAUAACACAAUUUAUUGUACAACUACUGUUGGACUCGUGCCGCGGUACAAGACACAAGUGACGACGCAGUUGUAGUAGUCUGUGCACCCCGCAGACGUGCCUGACCGCACAAUAUUUCAAAAAUAUAAUUGCCGCACGCGAACUAGACAAACUUCUGACGAAAAUGUCCGCUAACACUGCAAUGGUCAAAUUCAUCGCGGUUGCCGUCGUUCUGUUUCACAUAUCCGUCAUUUCCGCGGAUGCGGGUCACCACAGACGGGGCAAAGAACUGUUGGACACUGAGGACAGCGACUUCUUCCGGUGCAAACAAGCCAGCAGGAAGUCAUGUUGUGGCCCAGAUAACGCAAUGAAAAAAUUCGGUGAUAAAGACAAAGUAGCAGCUGACGAGUGUUACGCACAAGUAGCUGAAAAGUUUGCAACAACUAAAGCUACUACACCAAAACAAGACUUGUUUUCCAGUGAAGCUGUAAAGGUUACCAAGAAAAAGCAAUUCUGCCUUCAUGAAUGUAUUGGAAAGAAAAACAAAUUGCUCACCGAAGACGGUUCACUGAACAAAACUUUUAUAGCUGAUUACGCAAUGAAGAGCAUCUUCAAAGAACAGUGGCAGAAACAAAUAGGGCAAAAGGCCUUGGACAAAUGCCUCGAGGAGACCUACAUUCCGUGGCCAGCAGAAGAAACAGAAAACAAAUGUAAUCCAGUAUACGUACAAUUCCAACACUGUAUGUGGUUUGAAUACGAAUCGAACUGUCCAAGUAACAAAAUUAAGCUCACCAAAAAAUGCGAGAAGACACGAAACCGAUACAGGAUGCAAAAAUCACCAUCAAACUAAUAUUCCAAAAAUUAAUGAUACUACUACUCUGAUUGAAAAAAAAUGCAAUACAUAAAAUAUAUUACACACGUUUUCAGUCAGUUAAAAUUCAAAUCUUAUUAACUUGUUGUGAGUACUUUUGGAUGGUUUAAAAAAAAAAAAUAAUAAUAACUAACUGUAUGGAGUUACGAUCCCACCAUAGUCUUAUUUUUUUUUUAUUAUAUUUUAUUGUUUUUUUUUUUUUAUUAUUAUACCCAUCAAAUAAUUCUGUUGUUUUUAUAUGAACUAUGUUGAGGAACUCAUAUUUAUAUAUUAUCAUAUUAUAUUGUAUUAUGAUGUCAAAAUCACGCAUAUACAUUCUGUACACUAUUAUUAUUAUUAUUAUUUUAAUUAUAAUUUAUAACUUUGAUAGUUUUAUUUAAUCUACAACAUUUUUAAGCCAUCAUUUGACUUAGUUUGUUUGUAUUAAUAAAUCAUGAUUAUUUGAUGAUCUUAAACACUAUUUAUCAAAAAUAUAUUUGUUGUAAUCGUUAUAAUCGGUUUAUUUAUAUGUUUUAUAUUACAGUAUAAAAAUAUAAUGCUUUUAAUACCUAAUGAGAUUAUAAAUUAGUUAAAUUAAAUUAAUUUGGAGUUAUUUGUGAAAAAAUGACAAUAAAUGAGGUCAGUACCCAUAGUGGCUAUUUCUGUAA